GUCAAACAUGAUAAUGCACAAGAGUGAACACGGUCGAACGAGGACCCAAGAUCGCGCUGUACAUGCUACAAAGCUAGAUCUGCGACAUUCUCAAUGGCAUGAAACCACAGUAAAGGACAAUGGGCAUGUGCGCAGUAGUACAUGAUCGGUAGAGGCUGAUACCGAAACAAGAACUGUGCAGUGCAAGUCGAGGCAGACUGAACGUCCUUUUCAAGUCGACAAUGUGAAGAGUCACUCGCGAGGAAACUGGUCUCUCAUCAUUUAUGAGUGAGUAGCAGUGCGAUGUGAUGUGGUAUGCAGAUGCCCAUUGCCAUUUCUUGAUUUGCGCGCAACUACUCGUACUCUGCUCCACAGACCUGAGUGAUGAGAAUCCCAUACACCGCCCUAUAGCAUGCGAUUACCAAAAAAAAAAAAGGCGCCUGGGUGGUCUACUGCCCCGCUCAACAAAGCAAUCACACCUAAUGCAGCGGAAUGCAAGCUCCAGGAGAGAGCAGUGGAAAGCGAUGAUUCGGCCUUGCAUCACUCAAACUUGUUCUUGCAAGCCGCUGGCGCUGUCUUGUCGAGUCUUGGUGCUUGGUGGUCUAAGCAGGCGGACCGCACCGGGACCGAAGACGCUCAGAGUAGCGAUCCCAGUGUUAAUCACUCAGGGUAUCCGCUUUGAGGCUGAGGAUGGCGAAGCGGUCAUGACUGCUUGCGGCAUCAGUCAGACAGGCUCGCCUCGUGGCCGCAGCGAAAUCAGCAGGUCGUCAACUAUUCAUUGGCGACAGCCGCGUGGUCCGCCGAGCCCCGGUACGCCGUGUGCUGUGACAGUUUCUGUUGGAAAUCAGUUGGGGCAGUGCAAGGGCCGAGAAUGUGGAAGACACAGUCGGCGGGGCAAACCCGUGGAACGACGUCGACAGCCUUGGCGAGUGCUCCGCCUCUCUACUGGCUCGACGCUUGCGGCAAGAGCGACGGCUGCAACAUAUACAUACUUAAGACAUACCACGACCUGACUUCUUUCCUGCAAAGUCUUCAGAAAACCAGCAAUAGUCCUACACUGCUAUAAAGGCAUAUUGUAGUGCUGCGACAUUUCCACAGAUAUGACUACCACCAUACCAUCACCGCAGCGGUCGCGCGCUUCGUCACGAUCCAAAUCGCCACUGUCGCUCGACCUUUCAGAUCUGCCACCGCUGGUGCAGCCGUCUCCGCCUUCCAACACGCUCAUAAUUACAGUAAGUACACUGGCUCUGCACUCAAUACAUAACCUAACCACCACCCAGAACCUUGUUGAGCCUGAGAUCU